UAUAGUAUUAGUUGUUUAGUGCUUGUGGCUCUGGAUAGUAGAAACAAUUGGUUAAAGCUUUUUUUUUCGUUGAAUAAAUUUAGAUUUCCCGCGUUAAAAAUAUUAUUUUAUGAUAGAUACCUACUUGAAGUAGAACAACUGAAAAUCUCCAUACUCCCAUUUUAAAUCCCUGGAAAUACUUUGAAACACACAGAAAAAUGGCUGCAUCACUUCUUAUAGCUUGUGGCCUCAACGAAAGCAAACUCCCACCCUACAUACACAUUAGCGAAGAAUCCAACAUGGAUGGAGGAUUCCUCAUCACCUCCAUACUCGGUCAACGUCUGCGAACACCCCAAGUGACCACAGUCCUCGUCGGUCUGCAACAUGGCUACCAGCAUUAUCUAAAUGCCGGCAUGCGACUUGGCUACAACUUGGCUCUAUUCAUGAAUAAAAAGUUCUUUAUUAUCGACGCCCUCAAAUCCAUCCAAGUUAAACAAUGGAAAUCCAUGUGGCUAACCGAAGGCGAUUCAAUGUCCAACACACUACUCGAGUUUAUACGCGAGAAAAUAUCAUCCCCAAACGAUGAUGCUGGCACCACUUCCGUCACAUACAUCAUUGACAAUCUAUCGAUUCUUCUAAAUUUCGGUUUCACCCCUGAGGGUCUGUUGCGACUGUGUCAAGAUUUACAGGCCAUGGCAUUGGAGCAUCCUGGUCUAACGAUUGUCACCAAAUUGAGUACCAGCGAUGUGCAUCCAGUGUUGGACAAUAAUAUUGCCAAACUUGCAGAUGUCCAUUUGCGAAUAAAACAACUCAAGAGUGGAGCAUUCCGUGAAGUCGAUGGAAAGUUGUGUGUGGUCCGAGAGACCACAGAAGGGUGCUAUGAAUUGAUGGAACAGCAAAAGGAAAUUUUGUACAAAGUCAAUGAGAGAAAUGUUAAGAUAUUUAGUCCUGGCGAAGUUGGUGUGAAAGUUUGAUCAAACAAAUGAUGAUGAUAAUAAAAAUUUAUAUUUUUGCCAUAA